GCGCGUUCUCGCGACGGAAGGGAACACUUUUCUGCGUAACACCGGUACGUCAGUCAUUUGUGUACGUCACCGUUUGUUUCUCUGAGCUGUUUGGUUUUGUCCGCUGAACUCCUAUGUCCAGAUAAAUACAACAAAGAUGGCGACACGGACUAUGAAGGCAGUCCGAUGCCCGACAGACGAACUCUCACUGACCAACUGCGCUGUGGUCAACGAAAAGGAGACAAACUUGGAACAGCAUGUGAUUGUCCACAAUAACCGACAGGAGUUUGUGUUUUCCUUGAAGACUCAUCCUGAAGUGAGCGUGGGCUCCAUCGCUUUCAGCCUGCCUCAGAGAAAAUGGGCAGGCAUUACCCUUGGAGAUGACUUCAGAGUAACAAACUACAAGUUUGACAAAUCCAAAGGCUGCAUAAGCAACAUGACGGUGGAAAUUGACUUCCUGCAGAAGAAGUACAUCGACAGUAACGCUUAUGACUCUGAUAAGAUGGCCAGCGAGUUCCUCCAACGCUUCUACAACCAGGCGUUCUCCAUUGGCCAGCAGUUGGUGUUUAGUUUUUCUGAAAAGCUCUUCAACUUGGUGGUGAAAGACAUGGACGCCAUGGAUGCAAGUGUCCUGAAAGAAGGAAAGAUGUCUGACUUUUCGGGAAAGAAGAUAAAAGUGGGUUUAUUGCUGACAAACAGUCAAGUGAUUUUUGAGAAAUCUGAGACCUCAGCUGUUGUGUUGAUAGGAAAGUCGAAAACCAGAGAUGCUCGGCAGUCCAUCAUCAACCCCGACUGGAACUUUGAGAAGAUGGGUAUCGGAGGCCUUGACAAGGAGUUUUCUGGCAUCUUUCGCAGAGCCUUCGCCUCCAGAGUCUUCCCUCCAGACAUUGUUGAACAGAUGGGCUGCAAACACGUGAAGGGUAUCCUGCUCUACGGGCCUCCAGGCUGCGGUAAAACCCUCAUGGCGCGGCAGAUUGGCAAGAUGCUGAACGCUCGAGAGCCGAAGAUCGUCAACGGUCCGGAGAUUCUCAACAAGUACGUCGGAGAGUCAGAGGCCAACAUCAGGAAGCUGUUUGCAGACGCAGAGGACGAGCAGAAGAGGCUCGGAGCCAACAGCGGCCUGCACAUCAUCAUAUUCGAUGAGAUCGAUGCUAUCUGCAAGCAGCGUGGCAGCAUGGCAGGCAGCACGGGGGUCCACGACACUGUGGUCAACCAGCUGCUGUCCAAGAUAGAUGGAGUGGAGCAGCUCAACAACAUCUUGGUCAUAGGUAUGACCAACAGGCCCGACCUGAUAGAUGAGGCCUUGUUGAGGCCGGGAAGACUGGAAGUGAAGAUGGAGAUCGGGUUACCGGACGAAAACGGGCGGAUCCAGAUCCUAAACAUCCACACAGCCAAGAUGCGUCAAUACAACCUGCUGGCCACCGAUGUGAACAUUAAAGAGCUUGGUGUGGAAACUAAAAACUACAGCGGAGCUGAGUUGGAGGGACUGGUCAGGGCUGCGCAGUCCACUGCCAUGAACAGACACAUCAAGGCCAGCAACACGGUGGAGGUUGAUGUUCAGACGGCCGAGAAGCUGCAAGUCAGCAGACUUGAUUUUAUGGCCUCGCUGAAUAACGACAUCAAACCGGCUUAUGGAACCAACCAAGAGGACUAUGCCAGUUAUAUCAUGAACGGUAUAAUCCGGUGGGGUGACCCAGUUUCAGCCGCCCUGGAGGAUGGAGAGCUGCUGGUCCAGCAGACCAAGAACAGCGAUCGCACACCACUGGUCUCUGUGCUCCUGGAAGGUCCACCUAACAGCGGGAAAACCGCACUGGCAGCUAAGAUUGCUGAAGAUUCCCAGUUCCCUUUUAUCAAGAUCUGUUCCCCCGACAAGAUAAUCGGACAUUCUGAGAUCGCAAAGUGUCAAGCAAUAAAAAAGAUAUUUGAAGAUGCCUACAAAUCCCAGCUGAGCUGUGUGUUAGUGGAUGACAUUGAACGCCUGUUGGAUUAUGUCCCAAUUGGUCCUCGUUUCUCCAACUUGGUGCUGCAGGCUCUGUUGGUUCUCCUGAAGAAACCUCCUCCGCAGGGGCGUAAGCUUCUGAUCAUCGGAACCACAAGUCGUAGAGACGUGCUCCAGGAAAUGGAAAUGUUGGACGCUUUCAGCACCACCAUCCACCUUCCCAACAUAUCGAGGGGAGAGCAGCUCGUGCAGGCCCUGGAGCUUUUAGACGCUUUCCAGGAGAAAGAACGGCUCAGCAUAGGCAAAGCUGUGAAAGGCCAAAGCUUGUGGAUCGGCAUAAAGAAGCUGCUCAUGCUGAUUGGAAUGGCUGCACAGAUGGAUCCAGACUACAGAGUCAGUAAGUUCCUGAGUCUACUAAGGGACGAAGGAGGACUGGGUUCUAAAAUGGAAAUGAUCUAAAGAGCGUAUGAUGGUGAGAAAGAGGCAUCCUUCCUCGCGGCUGAGAAACGAAGGCCUGAAACAGGCUGACAUGAGAACGCAUCGAUCGGCAUCCUUCCUCGUCGUCACCGAAGCCAGAAAGCCAUCAACCGGGGCGUCGACUUCACUUGAAAACUGCCAAGUUGUGAAAUGAGACUAAAUGUUUGGAGUAUAGGGGAUGUUUGAUUUGAAUUACUCAUGACUUUACUUUGCAAACCUUGUUUCUGGAGCAGCUUAGGAAUUAUACUCAUUUAUAUUUAGUCAGAGCAACCGAGGCACUUCUAUAGCAACAUGUGUGCACAAACACUAAAUAUUAAACCAUUUGUUUAUCAAGGUCUUAUUUUAGUACACGGAGGUGUAAUCUGAUCAUUCCAUGAUAUGACCUGCUGUUUAGGUGGUGCACUUGCUUCCGUCUGAUUUAUUUUUUUUGUUAUUGUUUAUUUUAAUUUUAUUUUAACAAUAAAUUCUGUUGCUUACAAUAUA